AUGCAUCCAGGCAUUGGAAUGGGUCAUGAAAGCAUCCGUGUGAAGAUCCCGGAAGACGAGAAGAGAAAUGAAGAAAAGAAUAGAAAAGAAGAAGAAGAAGGAAAAGAAGAAGAAGAGGAGGAAGAGGAAGAAGAGGAAGAAGAGGAAGAAGAGGAAGAAGAGGAAGAAGAGGAAGAGAAGUAG